GGGACUCCAGACAGAUAACUUCAUGUUCCCUUCCUCUAUCCAUUCUCUAUAGUAUAAUCCUCUACCUUUUACCACAAAAUGUCCUCCAAACUAGACUAUAUCAGCGACACCUGGAAGGACGGUCUCUUCGCAAACAAGGUCGUCUUCUGCACCGGCGGCGCAGGAACAAUCUGCAGCGCACAGGUGCGCGCUCUCGUCCACCUAGGCGCUAACGCAUGCAUCAUUGGGCGGAACGUGGAAAAGACGGAGCGCGUUGCUAAGGACAUUGCCACUGUUCGUCCCGGUGCGAAGGUCAUUGGCGUUGGGGCUGUGGAUGUGCGGAAGCUUGAGAGCUUGAAUGAUGCUGUUGCGCGGUGUGUCGAGGAGUUUGGGGGGAUUGAUUUCGUUAUUGCCGGCGCGGCAGGCAAUUUCCUUGCCUCGAUUAACCAGCUUUCGGCCAAUGCUUUCAAGUCUGUGAUUGACAUUGACGUCCUGGGAUCUUACAACACCCUCAAAGCUACCCUGCCUUAUCUGGUGGAGUCGGCCAAGAAGCACAGGGUCGACCCGAACACUCUCAAACCCUCUCCCACCGGAACCGGCGGACGAAUCAUCUUCAUCAGCGCGACGAUCCACUACAGAACAAUGCCCUUCCAGGCGCACGUUUCCGUGGCCAAGGCAGGAAUCGAUGCUUUGUCGCACAGCGUUGCGGUUGAAUUUGGUCCGUUGGGUAUUACUUCUAAUAUCAUUGCCCCGGGACCUAUUGCGGCGACUGAGGGAAUGGACCGUCUCCUCCCCUCAGACGCUAAAAAUGUGUACAUCAAGACCCAGCCUCUUGGUAGAAUCGGGUCUGUUCGCGAUAUCGCGGAUGCGACUGUGUAUGUCUUUGCAGAUACUGGGAGCUACGUUAGUGGACAGGUGUUAGUUGUCGACGGCGCGGCCUGGCGUAUGUCUGCUGGCGGUGGCUCGUUUGGAAAGCUCGAGUACCCCGACUUCCUGCUAUCGGGGGAUGCGGUUCCGAAUGUGAAGGGGUCGAAGGAGUCGAAGUUGUAAGGGUCUUAGAUGUGUGUUGAUAGUUCAGGGGCGUCUUUGUUUUGAUAUUUGCUUUAAUCUGGUUAUUUGUUUUGCAUAAAUUAAAUAAUAGAUAUAAUUCCUUGGAUUGCUUUGUUUUGUUGUAUAUAUAUAGUUGAGUAUGAGAUGUCAUCUUUCAAACGCC